AUGGGAGGGGAGAAAGAGGCAGUGCUGGCGGUGUGCGCUAGUGAUGCAGGAGGAGUGGUGUAUGAUAUCAACACAGGUGAGAAGAUCGUGUGCAUACAGGACUGCGUCGCUCCUCCGCAUGGCCUCGCUUUUGUUGAUGGAUUUCUCCUUGCCGCAUCUCGGACCGACAAGGAUCAACCGAUCUUUGGAAGUGCUAUAUAUUUCUGGGCUCCGAGUAAGAUCAAGGAGGUGCAAAAAAGCUAUGUAGCUGAAGCCAUUGAGCCCAUUGCUUGCUCCAAAGAUGGGGUUUUUUUGGUCGGUGGUGCUCGAUCUGGACACGCUUACAUAUGGGAGAUCGCAAGUGGAGCAUUACUGAAAAGAUGGCGCGGGCACAAAACUGCUAUAAGUUGUUUAGCCUUCUCUCAAGAUACUUCCCUUCUCAUCUCUGGCUCUAUAGAUGGCACAGUAUGCACAUGGUCCAUGAUCAGCUUAUUUCAAGCAGAGGAGCCUCGGCCCAUUGAAGGUACAGAGAUAUACCUGAAUUUCUAUAAUGUGAAGCAAAAUGAGCACAAGGCGUCCAUAACUGGCAUUUUGACAUUGCUAAGAAGCCCAUGUCCCAUCCUAAUAACGAGCUCACUUGAUGGCAAUUGCAAGGUUACAGAACUAAUGUCUGGGAUACUAGUUCAGACAAUUUCACUGUCCAGCUCAGUGACUACGAUUGCAGUUGAUCCUUUGGAACAAUUUCUGCUCUGCGGAGCUGGUGAUGCUGGCAUAUAUGUCACUGUGUUGAAUGAAAUUGGGACAAAAAAUUCUAGGCUGACACUAUCUGAGGAUAAUUGCCAAAUUCUUUCAGGACACAGGGCUCCAAUCAGUGCGUUAGCAUUUAGUUCUGAAGGACCAAGGUUGGUUUCUGGAUCACAGGAUCGCGUUAUCCUUAUUUGGGACACAAGAACAUGGCAAGUUAUUAGGAAAAUAGAAAAUAAAAUGGGUGGGCAUAUAACAAAUUUGCUAGUCAUUCCAAAGGGAGCGAUCUCAACUGUUCAUCAAGGGAGAAAUUCACUUGCCGUCAAGUUCCCUAAAUUAGAUAAGAUAUGCAAACCAACAAAUGAAACAAUGACAUUUUUACGACCAUCUCAAUUCUCCGAUAACCCAGUAUCCUUCCAAAGUUCCAACCUUCUGGCUGAGCAAAUCUUGGAUUUAGAGGAAAAGAGAACUCCUGAAGCAGUAGAAAUGAUUAUUGCAAUGAACACUCGAGACAAGGUGAAGAACCAAACCAUAGCGAAGGAGUUGGUUAAUAUGAACAUGCUGGUGCAGGGACAGGUAUUUGAUGUGAUGGAUGCUGGUGCAGAUGAGGAUUAAGUCAUUAAUUAGUUCAUCGUUUCGUCCAGUAUGUACAAUGAACAUGAUACGAUGCUCGAUAUGUAUCUUAGUAUCAAAGAAAGUGACAUGAAUCCAGUUACCAGAUAGUGCAAACUUCGAGAUCAUAUUUUUCUGUGAAUUGAGAGAAUGACUAUUUUAUUUGGUACUAUUUUUUUGUUAAUUUAUCUUUGAGAUAACUCUUUGUGUUGUACCUGAUAUUUCAUUAUGUUUUUUCUAUAAUUCUAUGUGUUGCUUGACACC